AUGGCUUCUUGUGCUGCUAUAGCUCGGGCUUUCCCUCUAUUUUCUUUGAAAACGACAAAAUCUGGUUAUGAAUCGAUAGAAAUUGAGUUGGUGUUGCCUAAUGAAGAGGAGAAACCAACAGAUUCGGACAUCAAAUUUUUACAAAAUCUUUGUACAAAUAUACGGGAAUGUUGUAGACUUGUGGACACUCCUGCAGAUAUUUUACAUACUGAGGCCUUUUUGGAUGAAGCUCUUUCACAAAUUGAACAAACUGGAAAGCCAGUUACAAAAACAAUAAUUAAGGGAGAAGAAUUGAAAGAAAAAGGUUUUGGAGGAAUUUAUAGCGUUGGAAGGGCUUCAUUGCAUCCACCAAUAUUUGCUUGUUUUUCCUACAUUCCAGAAGGCAGAAAAGAUGAAAAUUCGACGUCAAGUUAUGCUUUAGUUGGGAAAGGAAUUGUUUAUGAUACUGGUGGACUUUCUUUGAAAGGAAAAACGCUUAUGCCAACUAUGAAAAUUGAUAUGGCUGGAGCUGCUGGAGUUUUGGGUGCUUUUUGUACUUUAGUCAAAACAGGAUUUAAUCAACCUCUUCACUGCCUUUUGUGUAUCGCUGAGAAUCACAUUUCUCCAACUGCAACACGUCCAGACGACAUAAUUAAGCUGUUGAGUGGUAAAACUGUUGAAGUCAACAAUACAGACGCUGAAGGACGUUUGGUGUUAGCUGAUGGUGUUUUUUAUGCAAAGGAAACUUUGAAGGCCAAAACAAUAAUUGAUAUGGCAACACUUACAGGAUUCCAGCCAAUGACUACUGGACGUUUUCAUGCUGCUAUACUUUCUAGUUGUGAACAGCUUGAAAAUGAAUGUGUAAUUGCUGGAAAGAAGAGUGGAGAAUUAGUUCACCCACUUCCAUUCUCGCCCGAAUUACAUUUCUCUGAUAUGUCUUCCAAAGUUGCUGAUAUGAAAAAUGCUUGUUUGGGUGUUUCUUCUGGUCCACCAACAGCUUUAGCUGGUUUAUUUAUUGGAACACAAAUUGAUUAUGGAGGAAGAAAAAAUGUUGCUGCUGCUGUUGAAAAUGGAAGUGGAGGUGGAGAAGGGAAAGAAGGAAAUGAAGAGAAGAAUGAAGAAACAAAAAAUGGUGCUGAUUGGCUUCAUAUUGAUAUGUGUGGAUUAACAGCACUUGAAAAGUAAGGGAGAGGAGGUUUUUUUUGAAUUUUUGGGAACGUGAAUAAAUAGUAGUGUCGAUUAGGGUGGCCCGGGCUCCUGACGCCGGAAACCGGAUCCUACACAGAUUUUUCUGGGUCUGGUUCCUAGAUCUGAGUAGUUUUUUGGAGGAUGUGUACAAAAUUUUGGUAAUUUUUUGGUACCAAUUGAUCGACCAUUCACUUUCUAUUGAGUUGUGAUGUGGAUCUUUCUGCAAAAUGACUUGGGCCGAGUUAUGUCCAUAGCCAAAUUUGAGUUUUGAGUUUUUUUUAAUUUUUGGGAACAUGAAUGGGUAUUAGUGUCGAUUCGGGGCCUGGGCUCCGACGCCGGACCGGGUCCUACACAGAUUUUUCGGGUCUGGUUCCCAAAUCUGAGGGGUUUUCUGGUAGUCUUCGGAAUAUUUUCCAAAUGUUCUAGAUCUAUG